AGUUUGACCCCGCUAAUCAAUUCACAGUUAAAGGUCUAGAGCAACCUCCCAUCCGAGGUCCUAGGGUAUCAAUGAGUAUUUAACUCCAUAGCGUUAUGGGGUAAGGGAGAAAAUGGUCUCGUCGGAACAGGACGUUGGCAUACUGUCAUUCUUCUGCUGAAUAUCAUACUGUAUUCCUCUGGCACUCCCAACGACCAAUGAACGACCAUCCAUUAAACGCGCUGAAGUGAUCAUAGCAGGUCUGAUACGUGCAAGACCGCUUAAUAUUGAAUAUCCUAGUCUUAAUUUUGCUUUCCUUUCACCAUGGCAUCAUCAGCGCCGCCCUUGGCGGGUACUCGUGUUGUGGAGUUGGCUGGUCUAGCUCCUGGUCCCUUCGCUGGUCUCCUUCUUGCAGACUACGGCGCCUCAGUUCUGCGCGUCGACCGCAGCGUAUCAGCAUCUGCGCCGCCGCCUGCUGCUGAUCUCCUUACCCGACACAAGAAGUCUAUUAUCUUAGACCUGAAGAACCCGGAUUCAAAAGCAGUGCUUCUGUCAUUGAUAUCCACCGCUGAUGUCCUCAUUGACCCGUACCGUCCUGGCGUUCUGGAACGUCUCGGUCUCUCCCCAUCGGAAGUCCUGCUGAAACGCAACCCACGACUGAUCGUCGCCCGCAUGACGGGAUUCCGUCGCUCGGGAAAAUACAGUACCAUGGCUGGUCAUGAUAUCAACUAUCUCGCCGUGUCUGGAGUCCUCUCCAUGCUAGGACCUGCAAAUACUGCGCCGUACCCGCCGAUAAAUCUCCUUGGCGACUUCGCUGGUGGCGGCGCCAUGUGUUUCCUGGGUAUUCUUCUCGCGCUGCUUUCCCGAUCUCGCACGGGGAAGGGCCAGAUCGUCGAAGCAAAUAUGGUCGAUGGAUCUGCAUAUGUCGCGACGAUGCCACGGCUAUCGAGAGAUCUACCAGCGUGGAAUAAACCGCGCGGAGAAAACCUGCUCGAUGGCGGCUGUCCUUUCUACACGUCAUAUGAAACGAAAGAUCAAGGCAAAUACUUCGCCGUGGGGGCUCUGGAGGCUAAAUUCUACAAAGACCUACUAAAGGGUCUGGACUUGAAUCCGAGGGAUAUCCCCACUCGAGACGAUCCGGAUAAUUGGCCUGCUCUGCGAUCUAUAUUUGAGAAACGAUUCAAGGAAAAGACACGCAGUGAAUGGGAAGCUAUCUUCGAUGGGACGGAUGCUUGUGCGACUCCUGUGUUGGAGCAAGAUGAGCUUCAGCAGAGGGGCCAUGAGCAGGGACUGGCGGUCGAUUUGUCGGAUACUCCUGGUAUACCUAUCAAGUCGGACGAUGGGGGUUGGCAAGGCUAUGUUCUUGAGGUCGGGAUGGGAGGACAGGAGACGUUGCGGGAGUGGAUGGGGUGGAGGAAAGGGAGAGAUUUCAAUGUUAAAGAUGAUGGGACUGUUGUGAAGGCCACGGGGGCGAAGCUGUGAGUUUGGUUGAUGCAUGUAAGAUUCUAUAUAGCUUUCAGGGGAAAACCAAAAAAAAAAAAAAAAAAAAAAUAAAAAUAAAAAA